AUGAAAAAACAAUGGGAAAAUAAAACAAAGAUGCCUAUUUCAGAACAUUUAGAAGAAUUAAGGCAAAGAAUAUUUUUUUCUUUAUCUAUCUUUUUGAUAUUUAAUACUAUAUGUUUUAUAUAUAUUAAAAACAUAGCUUAUAUUCUACAACAACCCGCAACUGGCAUAAAAUUUUUACAGCUUGCACCUGGUGAAUAUUUUUUUGUUUCUAUUAAAGUAGCUGUAUAUGCAGGAUUCAUUUUAAGUAGUCCAUUUAUAAUUUAUCAAAUUAUGCUGUUUAUUUUACCUGGGUUAACAAAACAAGAAGCUUCUUUAAUAGUACCUGCUCUGAUAUCUUCUAUUAUACUAUUUUUUAUUGGUUUAUUAUUUGCAUAUCAAAUCUUAGCACCAGCUGCUUUAUCUUUCUUUAUUCAAUAUGGAUCAGAAAUUGUUGAACCUCUAUGGUCUUUUGAACAAUAUUUCAAUUUUAUUCUAUUACUAUUAUUUAGUACAGGUGUAGCAUUUCAAAUACCUAUAAUUCAAAUUAUAUUAGGAAUACUAGAAAUCUUUUCAUCCGAUAACAUGUUAUCUUAUUGGAAAUACACUAUUUUUUUCUCAACUAUAAUAGGAGCUAUUCUAACUCCUUCAACUGAUCCAAUGACACAAAUUUGUUUAUCAUCAGCAAUAAUGUUACUAUAUCUUGCUGGUAUUUUAGUACUUAAAAUAAUUAAUAAAUAA